AUGAGUAAUAAAGGUAGCUCAAAUCAAUUCGUUGAUGAUGAUGGAAGAGAAAUUCCAGGAUAAAAGCCAGUCAAAAAAAGAUUUGCAUAUAAUGCUCCGGAAGAAUUAAUAGAAGAAGCAAAGAUGUAAGGAGCAGAUAACGAUGAUAAUGAUGAUUUAUUCAAAAAGAGUUAACAAAGAGUUACUGAUACUCAAAAUUCAUAUCAGUUAAGACAAUAAAAUAGAUAACUUUAGUAAAAGAGUUAUGAUGCAUUUGCUGAUGGUGGUAAAUCGCCAGAUGAGAAUUCAAUUAAAUUUUCAGAGAGAUUAAAGGAAUAAAAGCUUGAAAACGAAAGGGUAGCGUUAGAAUAAAAAAUAGUUAAAGAAGCUCAAUAAGCUGAAUACAAUAGUAAGUUUUCAAGUGUACCAACCUAAGUAAACUAAAAUGCACCUUUAAGAUAAGCUAACACUUCAAAAGGUUCAUCCAAAUUUAGUGAUGUUGAUACCGAUACUUCUUUUUCAAGUGGCGCUAUGUCUGCUAACAGAAUGGGAUCAAAAUGGGGAGAAACUCCUAAGAGAUAAAGUGGUUUUGAACAAUCUACUCCUGUAAAGAGACAAAGAUGGGAUAUGACACCUUAAUAAAGUGGAGGUUUUGGAUAAACUCCUUAAAAAGUUGGUGGUAUGUUUGGUGAAACACCUACACCUGGUCACUUAAUCUAAGGUACACCAAGCAGAUUUGGUGAAACCCCUACUCCUAAAAGAAGUACCACACGUACUCGUUGGGAUGAAUAAACUCCUAAAAAUAUAUAAACACCUUUAGGAGGUUAUAUGGGUAUUACACCUACUCCUGGUGGUUUAUAUACUCCCUAAAAUCAACCCAAUUUAACUCCUGAAUAAAUUAUGAAUCUUAAAUAAUUACAAGCUAAUGAAAUGAGAAAUAGACCUCUCACUGAUGAAGAUCUUGAUCAAAUGUUACCUGGACCUGGAGACGGUUAUGAAAUUGUUAAACCACCAGAUAGCUACAACCCUCCUAAAAAUAUGAUGAGAUAGUUUUUAAUGUCAUAAUAAACUCCGUCAAUGACACCCAUGGGUUAUUAAAUCCCUGAUGAAAUGACUAAGCCUAUUGAAGUUCCUCAAUCUCCAAGCAUAAAUGGUUUGCCUUCAAUUAAACCUGAAGACUUGGCUUAUUUUGGAGAGUUAUAAAACCCUGUCAAUGAAUCAGAGUUAACUCCUGAGGAAUUGAAGAAGAGAAAAAUAAAAGAAUUAUUGCUCAAAAUUAAAAGAGGUACUCCUUAAAUGAGAAAAUCUGCUUUACGUUAAAUUACUUAAAAUGCAAGAGAGUUUGGUGCUGAUCUUUUGUUUAACGAUAUUUUGACUUUGCUUAUGUCUCCAACACUUGAAGUACAAGAACGUCACUUGCUUGUUAAAGUCAUUGAUCGUAUUCUCUACAAAUUAGACGAUUUAGUCCGUCCUCAUGUGCAUAAUAUUUUGGUCGUUAUUGAACCCUUGCUUAUUGAUGAAGAUUAUUACGCUCGUGUUGAAGGUCGUGAAAUUAUUUCUAACUUAGCUAAGGCUGCCGGUUUACCUACUAUGAUUAAAACACUCAAGCCUGAUAUUGACCAUAAUGAUGAAUUCGUACGUAAUACAACAGCUCGUGCAUUUGCCGUCGUCGCAAGUAGUUUAGGUAUUUCAUCUAUGUUACCUUUCUUAAAGCCUGUCUGCAAAAGUAAAAAAAGUUGGUACACCCGUCACACUGGUAUUAAAAUCGUUUAAUAAAUUGCUAUCUUGAUGGGUUGCGCUAUUCUUCCUCAUCUUCGUUCACUUGUUGAAAUUAUUGAGCUUGGUUUAAAAGAUGAACAAAAUAAAGUGAGAACAAUUACAAGUCUUGCUCUUGCUGCCUUAGCAGAAGCUGCUACUCCUUAUGGUAUCGACGCUUUUGCUAGUGUGUUAAUUCCUCUUUGGGAAGGUAUUACAUAGUACAAGGGUAAAAGUUUAGCUGCCUUCCUUAAGGCUAUUGGCUUUAUCAUUCCAUUGAUGGAUGCUGACAGAGCUCUCGAAUACACUAAAGAAGUAAUGGAAAUAUUGAAAAAUGAAUUUUCAAAUCCUGAAGAAGAAAUGCGUAAAAUUGUAUUAAAAGUAGUAAAGUAGUGUGUUAGUUGUUAGGGUGUUGAUGCACAAUACGUCCGUGAGCAUGUUGUACCAAAGUUUUUUGAACAAUUUUGGGUAUCUCGUAUGGCAACUGAUAAGAAUUCUCGUUAACUUAUUGAUACUACUAUUGAAAUUGCUUCCAAAGUUGGAGGUGCUGAAAUUCUUGAAAUUAUAGUUCCUCACUUAAAAUCAACUAGUGAAGCUUAUCGUAAAAUGGUCAUGGAGACUAUUGAAAAAAUAGUAGCAGCCCUUGGUGUUUCUGACGUUGAUAACGCUUUAGAAUAAUAAUUAAUGGAUGGUAUCAUCUCUGCUUUCCAUGAACAAAAUAGUGAAGAUACUGGUACCAUGCUUAAUGGUUUCGGUACUUGUGUUAACGCUUUAGGCUAACGUGCAAAGCCUUAUUUCUCUUAAAUUUGUGGUAUUAUAUAAUGGCGUCUGAAUAACAAGAGUGCUCGUGUCCGUCAAUAAGCAGCUGAUCUAAUUUCUCGUAUAGCUUCUUGUAUGAAGAAUUGCAGUGAAGAGAAUAGACUUGGUAAUUUAGGUCUUUUGUUGUAUGAGAGUUUGGGUGAAGAAUAUCCUGAAGUCCUUGGUUCUAUCCUUGGUGGUUUGAAAGCAAUAGUAAAUGUCAUAGGUAUGAAUAAAAUGACACCACCAAUAAAAGAUCUAUUACCUCGUCUUACUCCAAUUUUGAAAAAUAGACAUGAAAAAGUUUAAGAAAACUCUAUUGAUUUAAUAGGUAGAAUUUCAGAUAGAGGAGCUGAGCAUGUUUCUCCUAAAGAAUGGAUGCGUAUAUGUUUCGAUUUACUUGAUCUUCUUAAGGCACAUAAAAAGGGUAUUCGUCGUGCUACAGUCAAUACAUUUGGUUAUAUUGCUAAAGCCAUCGGUCCAUAGGAUGUUUUGGUUACUUUAUUGAAUAACUUGAAGGUCUAAGAAAGACAACUUCGUGUUUGCACAACAGUAGCUAUUGCUAUCGUAGCAGAAACAUGUGGUCCCUUCACAGUCCUCCCUGCUUUGAUGAAUGAAUAUCGUGUCUAAGAAUUGAAUGUUUAAAAUGGUGUAUUAAAAUCUUUAUCAUUCAUGUUUGAAUAUAUUGGAGAAAUGGCAAAGAAUUAUAUUGCCGCUAUAAUUACUCUUCUAGAAGAUGCCUUGGUAGAUCGUGAUCCAGUUCAUCGUCAAACUGCAGCCUCAGCAGUAAAACAUUUAGCUCUUGGUGUUUCCAAUCUUGGAUGUGAAGAUUGCUUAAUCCACUUACUCAACUUCAUUUGGCCUAACAUUUUUGAAACAUCUCCUCACGUCAUCACCGCUAUGACCGAAGCUAUAGAUGCCCUUCGUGUUGCAUUAGGACCUGGAGUCAUAUUACUUUAUCUUCUUUAAGGAUUGUAUCAUCCAGCUAAAAGAGUUAGACAAGUAUAUUGGAAGUUGUAUAACAUGAUAUAUGUUGGAAGUUAAGAUGCUCUAGUUGCAUUUUUCCCAACACUUGAAGAUGACGAAGGAGAAGAUAGAAAACAGUAUUCAUACUCCAGAAAUGAACUGCAAUUAAUGCUCUGA